AACGCUUCUUAUGUCAUCGGUUUACCCACUCCACUGUGUAGAUUGCAAUGAAGUGUGCGGCUAGUUCGGGCUAUUUUCUACUGACGCCAAACGUCGGCGCAAUAAAUCAUGCUGGCAAUUCCUCGAUUUUCAGGAUAGAGAACGUACGGCCGCCUUUAUGCGGCGUGUACCAGGCAACUUACGGCCAUUUGGGAGCCCGUUUUCAUUCCUUCAGGAUGCUCAGGAUCCUUCGCCACUAUACCAGUUGAGGCCCUGAGAACAUUCGUUCACGACAUGUCCAAACCAGCCAAUUACACGCCUGACAACAGCGCUCUUCUGGCCGCUCCAUGGACAGUUGUGCAGCUGUCCCAGCGUGAUGUCUCGUCGCAAAUCCCCAUCAAUCAUGUUGCCCAUCCAGGCGUCUAUGUGACCUCUGCUUGUUUGCGCAAUGGUAGAUAUGGGGAGCAGGAUAUGGUGAAAUGCAUUUCGAACCUUUUGGCACUUGACUAUCGUCGUUUCCAUGUCGAUCUAUAUUGGUCUGGGGACCACCGCCGGUGGACUUUUUGUCCUGUUGCAGCCAAUUCCCCUGUCCCGACUCGUCCUGUGUCUGGUCCUGGUCCCUCGCCUGCCCAAACCGCCUCAGCUCUCACUGAUCCUGGAUCGUACUCGUGCUCUGAGAGUCUUGAUAUCUCUGUAUUUCUCAGUGUGCUGAAAAAUUACUUUUCCGCCACUGACGAUACCCUCAAUGCUCAUAUGUUAUAUAUUCUGCUUAAUGUACAUUCUGCCGUGUCUCUAGGCUCCUCUGACGAGCCUAGUAGUGCAGAUGCUCUUGAAAAACUUCCUUCUGGUCGGGAUCUUCUUGGGUCUCGUUUUAAUGAACAUUUAGGCCAGCACAUGUACACUCCCAAGCAACUUAACGAAGAGAGAACAAACCUGAACCGGUCGUGGUACUCUGUUCCUAGGCUUGCCCAUCCCAUAUCAGAAUAUUUCACGACGCGCAGAGACUCGAAAGGUACCCAUAGCACUCCUGAUGGCUGGCCAUGCGAAAGCUAUGUGGAAAGGUGGCAUCUAAAACGAUUUCUGGUUGGCUGGGGCACUAUCGAUCCUCAGAUGGCGAACUAUGAUUUCAACAGCGAUCGCAAUCUUAUUUUCCCAAGGGCCUCGCUUGCAGCAUCCCAAAAAAUUGACAUAUCUAAUAGUAGCGAUGCGAGUAGUGGCACUAUAAUCAAAUCAGGGUGCCUAUUCGACCCUCAAUCAACGAACGUCGCUCUGAGCGCUUCAUGGCCCGAAUCAACCAUCGAUGAACGAUAUGAUUUACACCCUCUACAUUUUUUGUGGGGUGACUUGAUCGCCUGUGGCAUCUCACCAAUAGUAAAUGCGACACUCUCCAAUGUGACCGCGAACGAGGAUUUCAGACCUUAUGAAAACGCUUCGCAAGCUUCGUCAUGGGCCUGGGCACAGGGCGAACCGAAUCCAGAUUACUCUCCUUCAGAUGUAUUUUUAUCUGAUCUCCGAUGUGCUCGGGCCGACGUUUCUUUCAAGGGACGUUGGUUCCCCACAAAAUGCUCCGACGAUCUUUAUGGCGCAUGUCGCGUUGGAAAUGAGCCGUUUCAAUGGACCCUGACAUCUGAGCGAGUUUCCUAUGGUUCUGUCGCGGUUAACUGCCCCGAGAACUCAACCUUUUCCGUGCCCCGUACAAGCCUCGAGAACACCUAUCUAUACCACUACCUCAGCUCUCUACCCAAGGUGGUACUCGACCCGUCGUCUGAUGCCCAUGACGAGCGUAGUGUUUGGAUAGACCUUAAUUCACUCGAUGUGCCCACUUGUUGGAUUCCCGGUGGUCCUGAUGCUCAGUGUCCGUACGAAGUGGACGAAGAUGCCGUUCAAAGGCGGACGGUUCUUGUACCUACAAUUGCGGCCAUCAUUGUGUUGGUCAUUGCCGCGUUGACAAUAUUCGUCAAGUGUAAUUCCAAUCGCAGGAAUUCCCGGCGGAAAAGGGUUAUUCAGGGAUGGGAAUACGAAGGUGUUCCAUCCUAGUACAUAUGUUAUCCCCAUCACUUCGAUGGGGUUGCGUUACUGGUUGAUAUGGUCUACAUUUUUGUUGUAUUGUUGAUAUUUUUGAUAUUUUUGGACAUACUUCUUUGCAUAUAUUUGCCCUGACAUAUUAUUUUUUCUGAUAAUUCGUUCAUAUAAUACCUGUUUUAUAUUUAAACAUUCACGUUGUACAGGAUUGGUCGGAAAAGGACCAAGAGAAGGGUAUUUCAAAGUUUAUCUAUCAGAUCAAAGCAUUCUAUUUAGUAUACAGAGAAGGCACUGUACAAUUAAGGAAAAUAUGUUAUAGAAUCCUCAUUCCUCACAUUGGAUAGUGCAAAUGCGGUAUUUCCAUCACACGAAUACAUCAGCAUCUCACCGCAAAACCUCCAGCAUUUCCUCUACCCGCCCAAAUUUCUCCCUCACUUUCCCCGCAGCUUUCCCCCUUUCGAUCUCCGCCCGGUCGAUCCGUUCCCAAUCUUCCCAAUUCGUCGGGUGAAGUCCCAGCUUCCGCGCUGUAGGAAGCACCCCUUCCCAGCCAAGCCCCGAACUCCCACCUUCGGAUGAAUUAAGGAACGCAUGCCCAUGACUACUCGCAGUAUACGAUGCCCAAUCAGUUGCAAUCGCAUCAGCGGUAUCAAAUGCGUCCGUCAUCGUCGACGCGAUGACGCCAGUAGGGCCCCUCUUUACCCACCCAGCACAGUAAAGACCAGGCACCUGCCUGGCCUCAUAAUCUCCAGACAAUUCGGCAGUUCCGCUAUCAGGCGUGGGAGGUGUUGUAAUAACGCGCCCCUGGCCGUCAUUGGGGAUUAUACCGCGCGAAUAGUUGAACUGGAUAUCCAAGUCCUCGAAUCCAGGAAGUGGAAGGGAUUGGUAUCCGAUGCUACGGAAACAUGUGCUAGUAGGGAUAUCGAUGUGAGCAACGUGGCCGUCUUCUUGGAGCAGCGGGGUCACUCUUGCGGUCGGGGAGAACGGGUCCGCGGGGUCGAGUUGGUUUCGGGAGAAUUUUAUGUAUGAAAGAACAUCCGGAUGCGAUGGCGAGCCGUGGAAGGAGUGCGGUGAGAGAAGGAAAUCGAGGGACCAGGAUUUGGAAGCCUCUUGUGGUUUUGUGAGAGAUCCUUUUGCGAGGAGUUGGGUUAUGCGCUUUUGGACUCUUGGGAGGGAUUUGAUGCUUGACUCUGGAGGGAAGAGGUGCUCCGGAAUAGGCUCAAAGAAGACCGAAGGCAGCUGGAGGAUUUCUCGUACUUCUUUAAUUGUGAAUGCGGCCUGGGAAACAAUACUUUUAAUAAUACAUAUCGUCAUGAAACUGAAAAGCCUGGGGUAUGAAUAAUAUCCCUA